AUGUCACAACUUUUUAUUAAAAGGAAUAGAAUUUUAAGUUCUCAGUCACUAGAAUCGCAGUCUUCUGCUUCCCCUAAUGUAGUUCAGGGGAAGCUUUUUAUAGAAGGUCUAGAUGACUCAGAAUCUCAGUCUGAUAUUGAGUGUGUAUUCAAAACUUCUGGAUUUUUAAAAUUACUACUACUUUCAAUAAAUCCAACUCAAACACGAAAUUUCACAAGUCCGAAGAUUUCUGAAGGCGUUGGAAUCCAAUCGAACACUUCAUUUUAUGUCCAUUUUGUUUUUAAACCUGAGCAUUUAAUGAUACAGUCGAUGAUGGAAGGGCAAUCUAUGUACACAUGUAUUAGCAUUUCUAAAGAACAUUUAAAUAAAUACACAUUCAUGAACAACUUACCUCAAAAUAUGUCAACUGUCGAUGUGGCAGUUCCACUUAAGCCUAUUUUAAUUUGCAUUGGAAUGUAUUCUCAAAAUAGUGAGUUAUCGCUGUCCUACAACACAGAGGACAAACAAAUUGUUUUGAAGGGGAAUUGUACUGACUAUGACAGGUUUAAGUACUCAAGCGAUGUUGGUCAACAUUUAGUUUGCAGAUUGAAAACCAUUUUAGCUUCUCCGCUUAAUAUCCCUUUCGAGGACCUCUUUUUCAAUAUUGAGAAGUACGAUUAUUUUACAAUAUCUCCUAAGAUUUUGUACUCUUGCAUUUAUGACAUUACUACUGACGCCAGUUCCACAAGGAUGAUUUUGGAGGUCACUCCUCCUACCCAAAGCUCCCCUCAUGUUCUCGGCAUGACGCGGGAGAAUUCAGUGAUCAUCAUCCAAUGGGAUUUUUCACUUGACAAGAAUAUCUUCGAGGAUUUCAAAAUCACCAAGAAUCACCUGUACAAGUACUCCACCAAGUGUAUGCACUGUGUUACGAACGGGCUGAAGAUUUCGAACAAGUGCAAGGUGAUGAUAAAGGAGAACGGCGCUCUUUUAAUAAGAACAUAUAUAAGCUGGAACAUUUCCGAAGAGAUUAGUUUGUACUAUUACGUUUGUCCUUUUGUUGACAAGAAGCCAAGUGAAUAACACCGCUUACUUCUGACUCAACGUCAUUUCAAUUAAUUUUAAUACAGAUUCCUA